AUGCUAAAAAGCCGACCGCAAAGUGAUGAACAUGAGUGGAGCGGAAGCUGGGAGUGGACGUGGGGUGACUGGGCCGAGCAAGCUUGGCGCGCUGACCCUUGGUCAGUCUUUCUCGACUCCGAAAGACCUGGCUGGAGGAACCGGAGGUACGCCAACUGGACGGAUGCAAGUGACACCAGCAGCCAAUGGAGCGGCGAGAGCCCAGACGAUGACCGGGUGCCCUUGCCCAGACUGCUGGCGCGCCGGGAGAACAGUCCGCCCCCGGACGUGCUGCUCCUUCCGGCGAUCAUCCGCAAGACCUACAGCGAGCCCUUCGGCUCGAUUCGCGAGCAGCACCGGGCCCGGGACAAUCACAUGGCCCUGCGCAACUCCGAGGUGAUCUUGAUAGUGAGUGUCUCGGGCAAGUCAGGGAUCGACGGCGACAUCCAGGUUCGUGUGUCCGAGCGCCCCGUGACCAAUGCUGGAGAAGAACGAGAAUUCUUGAAACUUCACAAUUCGUUUCCCCCGGAGUUCAAGAUGCGGGAGAGGGCGGGCAAGAUCUUGAACCACCUCACGGUGGCGGAUGUUGCCACGGAUGGAGGUGUGGAACUGAUCAAGCGCGAGAUGGAGAAGUCCCCGAUUAUACGAUUGCUUGAGCACAAGGAGGUGGACCGCAAGCGGCAGAAGUUCAUGAAACUCUCCCGCUACCCCAAGGAAAGCUUGGAGUCGUUCAUCAAUCGGGCCUCCAUCUACCGACAUGAGAAUGAUCAGUGCCAGAACUACAAGGUCGGGACCAAGUUCUACUUAGGCCACUUGCUGGAUGCUGCGAAGCUGUCGCGGAAAGAUGAGGCCCUCAUCAAGACAGCCUCCCAAGGGCUACAUGAUGAAGGCCGUGUUGUGAAUGCGAUGCUGGAUUUGGCGGAACAGCUUGAAGGGCUUCACGGCUACCCCAUCGGCAAGGGCGAGCCGGACAUGCCGGACGAGGAUAAGUACCUCUUCCAGCGUCGUGGAGCAGAAGGCGAAGCGCCGGCCCGCCGCGAUGAAAGGUCCGGGAGGUUCCAGCCUGGGGCUAAAGUGGCUAAAGGUUCGCGCCGGCAUCGCAUGCGAAGCAAGUGGAAGCAGGUUUUCCAUACCAUCAUGGAAGACAUGGACAGCUCCGAUGAUCACGGCUCCGAGCCCGCCGUGGAGGACGAGGAGCCCGAGGAGAUCGAAGCGGUCACCGGGGAGGAUGAAUCCACCUCGGGUGAGACGGACGCCACCGCCGACAUCCCGGCGGAGGUCUUUGCCCAAGAGUACAAGGCGAAGAAGAAGGUCAAUGAGAUCAAGCAGAUGCGGCAAUAUUACCGCAAGGACCCUGAGAAGACCAAAGCGUGGAUCAAGGAGCAGCAGAAACGGGCGGCCCGAAUGCUCGAGCCUCCCAGGGUACAUGUGACGUCGGUGACUCCGGGCCCUGCUACCAACGAGCCGGAACAGUGGGACAUGCUCGAGUCUCUGGCCGCGUACAUAAAGGAAGAGCCGCUUGUGGUUUCAGGGGUUCGCGAAAGUGGUUCAGUGCAUGGCUGUUUGGUAACUAUCGACCAUACUCCUUUGGACCAUGAAAUCUUUUGCUCGAUGAGGGAACUCCACAGCAGCUUGAUUCUUGAUUUGGGAUGCAUGAAGUCGGUGGCGGGAACCAAGUGGGUGAACCAACAUAUUCAGAGGCUUCGGGGCUUGGGAAGGUGGAUGAAGGCCAUGAAGGAGAAAGAGAGUUUUCGUUUUGGUGAUGGGCAUGAACUUUGUAGUGAAUAUGCCUUCGUCUUCGAGGCCACAAUCCUGGGUGUGCGGGUGAUCCUCAAGCUUAGCGUGGUACCUGGUGAAUGCCCACCUCUCCUUUCCAAGCAGGCGUGUUCUCAGAUGGGAAUGAUCAUCGAUACUGAGUUCCAUACUGUGUCGUCUCGCAAUCUAAAGGUCCAGAAGUAUGGUUUGUCGCAGACUUUUGGUGGUCAUUAUGCCCUUCCCAUCGCCGAAUUCACUGAAGGCAUGAAGCCCAUCCACGCCCCCGACAUCCCCGAACACCUUGAGGCCAUUCCGGUGUAUGUUGCACAUCAUGAAGUACAAGUCACAGAAGACUCCCUUGGGGCCCCGCUGAGAUCCUGGACCCGCCACGAUAAGGCCAUGUGCACUACCGUAGGUCCUGGAGCCAAGGGUCCCCCGCGGCAUGCAGUCUGUCGUCGUGUGGUUUAUGAUGCAUACACCGGAGACAAGCUGAUUGAAGAGUCAGUGGGACGCUCUUUGAGCACCAAUUCGAUGAACGCUGAGCCCCCCACCGUUGCGAGCGCUGACCUCAAUGGAACUCCAUCGGAAGCCGGAGGACGAGGACUACCGGGGCUCUCAGCAGCAUCCGACUGGAGCAGGGUGGAUGUGCCAUCCGACGGCCCCGAGAGGCACUUGAGAAACUCGCUCGAAGUCGGCAACCAGCCGGGGCAAAUCCAGCGAAGGGGAGAAGAUGGCCGUGACCAAGGCCUUGGACAAGAAUCGGAAAGGUACCACCUCCCCGAGAUUUCGGAGGGCACCACACACCCCGAGAGCGAGCUCAACGGCACCACCCACGCCGAGCCGACCGACGACCUCUACUACCAUGGCGCUUUGGAGGCGGGCGACCUAGUGUUGGAGGACCUGCCCCCACGCCCCAAGGCACGUUCGUCCUCGACCACCACGGUGACGACCAAGGCCAAGGGCCAAACUCAGCGAGUGACGGCGCUGACCGACCUCCAGGCCGACUUCCCGACCCUGCCCAAUCGUUAUUCGGACGACCUGGUGAUCAACGUGGCCCUAAGCUUGACGUGCCAGCUCCUGACGUUCAAAUGGAAGCAACUGGUGUGGAUGCUAAGGAUCCGUUGGGACGUGGAGAUGGAGAUGGGCGACCGCUCCAGAAUCCCAGGUGGCUGA